AUGGACCCCCUCCCCCCCAACAGCACAUUCACCUUCCUCCCGCCCCUCCCCACGCCCCUCCCCGCCCUAAAAGUCCUCCGCACAUCAACCUGGACCUACGCCGGCCCGCUCCUCACCCCCUCGACGCUGCCGUCCUCGCUGCACCCCUGGGCCGCCGCGACACUGGCUCCGGCGCCCGCGCUCCUCGAGGCCCUGCUCCCGCUGCUGGCGUUCCUGGAUGCGUACCUGCGCGCCGCGGGGUUCGACCACUGCUGGCUGACGCUGCGGGCGUCGCUGCCGACACGCGAGUGGGACGAGCCGCGGUGGCAUGUGGACGAGGACUUUUUCGAAGCGGGGGAGGGCGGGGUCUGGGAUCGUGUAAGGGCGAGUCGGGGCGCGGGUGCGUCUGCGUCUACGUCGACGUCCGAGACCAAGACCAAGACCAAGACCGAAUCCGCGAGCAAAUCCACAUCCAAAACCACCACCCACCCCCCACCCCGCCGAUACCCCUGGUCCCCCCGCCCCCCCGCCGCCCCGCGCGCCUGGAAACUCACAACCGCCCUCCACGGCCCCUCAACCCUCUUCCUCCCGCCCCUCUCCCAACCCCACGCCCUCACCACCCUGCACACCCUCCUCCGCCACCCUCCCCCCUCCCUCCCGGUACACCCCCCCGCCUGCCCCGCGUUGACAUGCACGCACUGCGCCCACACGGCAUCGUACGUGCGCAGCGCGCUCGCGGGCGCGUUCGCGCACGUCGGCGCCGUGAGUGCGCGGCGAGGCGGGAUGGCGGUGUUUGCGACGGGGAGGGGGGGGGCGGUGCAUUCUGAGCCGCGGGGUGGGGGGGAGAGGGUGUUUGUUGGGGUUGUGCCGGCGAGGGAGGAGGGGUUGGAGGGGUUGUUGGGGGGGUUUGGGAUGGUGGGGCCCAGGGCGUGGGUGCUGGGGGGUGGGCGGUUGGGGGAAGGGGGGAUGGGGGAGGAGGGGAGUGAGGGAGGAGAGAAAAGUGAGGGGUGGGGGGAGAAAAGUGAGGGGGUGGAGAAGAGUCGGCGGAUAGAGAAGAGCGAGUGA